UUCUUUUUCUUUUUUCUCUCUUUCAACAUGUCUGAAAAACAACACAAAAAGGACACACUUAACCCUUUAGCAGUAGCUAAACUUCUUGGUCCUUCUAAUCCCAAGUUGGAUCACUUGAUCCGUUUCUUAAACUCUGUUCGAGGCACAGAUAAAGUGUUGAUGUUCAUUCAAUAUUGGUCCAAAGUGAUUAUUUGGUUCCUUCAAAAGCGUCAUGCUGUUCCUCUCAAGUCAACCCUCUCUGUCAUUCAACGCAUUCAAAACCUAUCAGGACCUGUCAGUGAUUUCCGUAUCUUAUUGCGUUACUAUGGUCUAUUGCCCAUGGUCCAAUACAUGAACUAUAUCGAAUACAACCCGCCUUCCAGUCCUUUGGCACUCACCAUUGAACGCCUUCAAAACUGGGCUAAUGUGAUUUAUUAUCCCUUAGAACAUAUUUAUUGGUUAGGCGCUCAUCAAGUCAUUCCUCUCAGUGAAGAAAAAACCAACAAGAUUGGUAUGUGGAGUUGUCGAUUCUGGGCUGCUUAUGUUGUAUUGGAAUACGGUCGAUUGGCUGAACAAUACAAACAAUUGAAGCUAAAAGAAACUGGUUUGUUAAGACGUAUCAAGGCAGGGGAUAUUGAAACACACGAAGAUCCUGAAGCAGAGAUGGCUGCUAUCAAGGCAGAAAGAACAACCAUGAUUGUCAACACAUGUAUUAAUACUGGCUAUUUACCUUUGACUGUUCAUUGGUCCCUGGAAAGAUCCAGUUUCCCUGAUGUUUUGGUGGGUGUAUUUGGUGGAUUUGCUUCUAUCUUUCAAAUCUAUUCUGCUUGGAAAGCAACUGCUUAGACAAAAUAAAGUGCUUUUCUAUCAGAAAUGAUCUGUUUCUGGCUCAUAUUGAAAGAAAACAUAUCACCAAAACCAUCUUUUUUGAGUUUACUAUGUAUCAGCUACAUCAACAGACGUUGCUAUGCAAGAAUAUGACAAGUUGUGAAAUGACCAGAAUAUCGUUAAAAGCCCUUACUCUACCCCCCCCCUGAGGAUUUUCUUCAUUUUCAC